UCAUUUUCACCUUUUUUUGGUCUUUCAAGAACUCUUCUGCAAAACUUUCAAAUACAGAGAAAAACAGAGUCGAGGAAAUGAGUUGUUUCAGAUCCCCUCGUCGCAAAAAUAACUCCCAUGAUAUGGCCUUUUCAUCAAAACAAGAAAACCCAGAAACCAGAAGACGCAGACAAGAAGUAUUGUUGCAGAUACCAAGAUGCACAGUUCAUCUCAUGGAAGAAGGAGAGACAGCUGAACUGAUCCAAAAUGGAUAUUUCACAUUAAUCAAGCUCACUGAAGAGAAUAUUAGCCUUGCCACAAUUGUCAAAGUUGGUGAUGACCUUCAAUGGCCUCUCACUAAAGAUGAACCAGUGGUGAAGCUUGAUGCUCUCCAUUAUCUUUUCUCAUUGCCUGUGAAAGAUGGUGAUCCUUUGAGCUAUGGAGUCUCUUUCUCUGAACAAUCUCGUAAUGAAUUGGGUGCCCUGGAUUUAUUUCUGAAGGAGCAUUCUUGCUUUGCUAGCAGCCCCUCUUCUACUCAAAAUGGACUUCUUGAUUGGAGGGAUUUUGCUCCAAAGGUUGAUGACUACAAUGGAGUCUUAGCAAAGGCAAUUGCUGGAGGAACAGGCCAAAUUGUCAAGGGAAUUUUUGGAUGUAGCAAUGCUUACACCAAGAAGGUUCAACAGGGAGGAGAGAUGAUUCUAAGUCAAAUUGGGGAGAAGAAUGGUGUUCCUGCAAUGGAAAACAAAAGCAACAAAAGUUCUGGCAAGAACAAAAAUGGUGGAAUCGAGAAAAACUUAAAACGGGUGAGGAAGAUAUCGAAGAUGACAGAGAGAAUGAGUAAAUCUCUUCUAGAUGGAAUAACGGUAGCUACUGGAUCCAUGGUGGAACCUGUGGCACGGUCCCAGGCUGGAACGGCAUUCCUAAAUAUGGUUCCUGGAGAGGUCCUCUUGGCUUCACUUGAUGCCGUCAACCAGGUUUUGGAUGCAGUCGAAGCUGCUGAAAGACAAGCUCUCUCUGCCACAUCUGUUACAGCAACUAGAAUGGUCAGCCAGAGGUUUGGGGAGAAUGCAGGGGAGGUGACGGGAGAUGUCUUUGCAACUGCAGGGCACUGUGCUGGCACUGUUUGGAAUGUCUUUAAGAUCCGGAAGGCCAUUAAUCCUGCCUCUUCUGUCCCUUCAGCACUAGUGAAAAAUGCAGUAAAAAAUAGAAAAAAGUAAACUCUACUCAGACCUGACAAAGCAUCUGAUGACACUGAUCAAGUAUCCAAAAUCUCCAAGCAAUGGAAUGAAUAUUAACUAUGUGUACUGCCCCAGCCAAAGAAUUUCAUCGGUUUAAAUAUCUUAUUUGGGUCCUGAUAAAUUGAUAAUAGAGGUUGAUAUGUUUUUAAA